AUUUCAACUCUUAGAUUUCCGUCGAAGAAGAAGCUGAAUCGUCAAUUACAUCAAGGCACUGACUCCUCCUCCAAUGGCGUCUUCUACCUCUAGAUUUAUCGCCGCCGUUCUGCUCAUCGUCGUCCUCAACCAAUCGGGCGCCGUCUCCGCCGUGUAGAGGCGAGAGAUAUUCUCGAUUGUCGCCUCCGACCUCUUGUANGAAGCCGUUUUCACUGUCUUAGCCCCGACCGUUGCAUCUCUCUUCGAGCUCGAGAUGGUGAAAUUCGGAUCUGCAUCUCGCCGCAGGAGGUCUCUUCGCAAUCUCUCCGUUGAUUUUGAAUCCGAAGCAAAACUAAGCCGCCUUGCUCAUCAAUCUCAGCAUCUUCUUCAGCUCCUUGCUUCUCCCUACGAAAAUUCCCGGCAAUGACCGGACCAGAAGCUGUAAUUGAUUUGCCGGCCGCGCUAUCCCGAAUUGGGAGGAGAAUUCGAGGUCGAUUAUGUACCACGCAGAAUCAGAUCUGAGAACGUCUAAGAAUUCGUGGCCGCCGGUCGUGAUUCCGUCGCUCCACUCCCAUUUGGUCUUACACACGGCGGCUGUGGUUCCGUAUCUGAAGAUCCUCAAUUAUGGGCUCUUCAUUCUUCCGGCCUCAUUCAAUCUCUCCAAAUCAGGUUUCAUCACAAAUUGAAUAGAAUUCAGAACAUAUUCUUCAUUUGAGUUUUCCAUCUCCAUUCCAUAUUCAUCACAGUUGAUCCAUAUUCAUCAUCUAUUCAUUGUGUUACUUCUCAAAUUGAAUAUCCAAAUUCAUUUUCAUUUUCAUCCUCAAUGGCAGCCCCUGAUCGCUGCAAUUCCUGUCUAAGAUUUUCAAUUUCUGCUUUAAUAGUUGGAGUUUGUUGCAAAUCUGCAUUCAUCCUUUUCAGAUUUUCAGUCAUCCCCUGGAUCUCAGUUGUGUGCUCCUGUUUAGCACCAUUUAAAAUUUUAAAUCUGCAUCUUUACAGAUUUUUCAUGAAGUUCUCUUAUCUUCAUUUUCAUUCUCAUGAUUGGAAUGUUUAGUUUCAGUCAUUCUUUCACUUCUGUAAAUUCAGAAGUUUCAUCAUGAUCAAUUUCACUCAAUCGGUUUGAUUGAGUUUCACUCGUAUCGUUUUGAUCGAGUUUCACUCGUAUCGUUUUGGUCGAGUUUCACUUUCAUCAUCAUCCGAUUUUCGGUUGAUUUCAUCAAUUGCUUUUGUCAAUUGAUUUCAUUUCAUCCUUUGAUGUUUCGUGUGAAUUCAUCAAUUGAUUUGUCAUCUCAACUUCAUCAUCGGCUUUGUAUGGUUCGCUUUUCUGUUCAUUUUGGAGAACCAUUGCAGCCAUCACUAGUUCAUCACUAGUUCAUCACUAUUUCAUCACUAGUUCAUCCAGAUGCAGAGGUGCUGAUAUUCUGGUUUUCAACACUGCUCAUUGGUGGUCUCAUCACAAAACCAAAGCAGGGAUGUAUUAUUACCAGGAAGGGGAUCAAGUUCAUGGGCACUCUGAUGUUUCUUGUGCUGCCAAGCCUGAGACUGUGGACAAAGUUUGUUCCAUUGUUAAGAAGCAGCUUGCACUGGCAGACAGUGUCUCUGUCUCCGGUGAAUCCAAGUUCAUUGAUCUCGGAGCUGAUUCUCUUGACACGGUUGAAAUUGUGAUGGGGCUUGAGGCAUUUGGGGUAACUUUGAGGAAAAUUCAGAUUAUGGUGGUCUCCAAGGUUUUAAGAAAGUGAGAAACAUCGAGCAGAAGCAAAGAUCCUAAACCAGAAGCUUGCUGUUUUGGUCAAUGGGUUUUCAUCCAUAUACACAUUAAAGUCAACACAGAUUUGAUUCAGUUGCAAGUUGAAGUUGUUCCCACCUUCAACUUGAGGGGGGGUGUUGGUCCGAAGCGUGAAUCUGAGAAAGAGCAGUAGAAGCGUGGAUCUGAGAGAGAGCUGAUGAGGAUAAGGUCGUAGAUGCAAAGAAGAAGAUGAUAGAAUUUGAGGAUGAAAACUUAGAGAGAUGGGUGGCCAGCUGUUAUGGAAGGAAAGAAAUACGGAGUACUUAG